AUGGUCUUCAGACCUUUCCUGAACAUGUUGGGCAGGGCUACCCUCGACAUCACAAACAUUGGAGUCGAGCCUCAGAAAAGCUCACCUUUUGAUGGAGACUCUGGAGUACCAAACAGACGACUCUUCCUUCUCAAGAAGAGGGUCUCUCGUCCCAUGAAGAAGCAUAACAUCCUCACACAAGAUAUCGUACCUCCAUGCCCUACCUUUGUUGCGGCAUUGUUGGCGAAAGUUCGCAGUGCUUCACCAAUUCUCGAAGCUCUCAACAAGCAACAUUUACCGUUGAAGAGAACACUCGUUAGCACCAUUGACGGCGACGGCCACAAAGAAAAGGUUAAGAUCCGGCUGCCCGGUAUCAGAACAGCGAAAUCAAAAGGCCAAAGUUUGAGCGCGCCGUCGAAUACCUCUGGCGCCGACAGCAAUAUCCUGCUCCAGCAAGAGUUAGCCGAUGCGACAAGCCGGCUAGAAGACCUGCAGAAUUCCAUGCAGGAGCUGGAGCAACAGAUCAAUGAGGCAGUUCAGGAAAGGGAUCAAGCAAACGCUCGCGUUGCGGAAGUCCAAGAGUACAACCAAACACUACUUCUGGACUUUACAAACAAGCAUGCUCAGGAUCCUCGAGAGAUUGAAGAGCCCACUAUCUGCAAGCCGAACGAGCUGAGAGACCUUCGCCAGGCUUUUCAGAUGUCUCAGCGUACAUGUGCUGACCUCACCGCAGCAAAUAAAACAUUGUCCGAAGCUGCCGAGGAGCAGAAGCAAAAGGAGUCGCAAUUUCGAGAGGACCACAACGUGCUCCAGAAGAAAUGCGGGAGGCUUUCUGCAAACUUCGAGAUCUGGAAAGGGAGACUUGACAAUUUUAUGAACAUGCUUCCCAACGUCGUAAAGUCUAAAACAGGCAUGUCAAUGGAAGAAAUUCCCGGCCUCAAGGAAGAGGUUGCGGAAAGCGCAUCUCAUAUAGAUAAGACAAGAGAGGCCUUGCGUGCCGCUGCGCUCGAAGUAUCAGAACGCGAGUCAAAAAUCGUGACACUGGAGCGCAACCAGCAGAGGGAAGUGGCCAGCCUGAGGCAGCGCGUGGCCGAACUUCAAGAGAGCAAUAUUCGCCUCGAUGAAGCAAACUAUAGCCUAGAGUCGCAGCUGUCUGGUACGAAGGAUCAGUUGAGAGGCCACAAGGCAGAGCUCGCGGGGACUAAACAGUCUGCUGAGCAGUGGAGAGCUCAAUGCGAACAGCAAGCUUUUGGAGAGAUGUCGCAGGUUGUUCGACAACAGUUCCAACUGGAGGUUAAACAACUCCGGUCCCAAAUUGAAGCUCUCCAGCGCCACAAUACGGAGCUCAGCGUCGGCCGGCAGCGGGCCGAGUCGGAUUUGACCUGUUGCAGAUGGUGGGCUGCAAACAAGAUGGCUGGUAUCCGCGAGCUUGGGUAUCUUCGCGAUUGGUACCGGGCACAGGUCGACGCUCUGCAUGAGCGAUUCGAGAGUGAAUUGUCGGUCGAGCCUCUUGACAUCCCAUACAAGCCAGACUUCUGGGACUUGUCAGAGGAGGAGAAGACAGCGCUGCUUCAGGCUGAGAACCAGAUCAUCGAAGGUCUGACGGGCUAUGAUCUGGAGCUGGCAAAGGAACCUCGUCCCAGAGAUUUGGAAGUAGUCGAUGUGUGGUCGGUUUUGGUCGAUGAGUACAAGGCAGGGUUGUCUGGGACGGGCCAGCCAGCGAAGCCACAGUUCAGCAGGGGAGAGUCCAUCUUUUUCUAG